UUCAGCUAACGAUUCGGGAAAGUUAUCACGCUUGCUGGGGUGGCUCGCUAAUGCUACCUAGCUUGAUGACAGCUGCUCGAAGUGGAGCUAACUUCGGUACCUUGACCAAAGUUGCAAAGCAGCAUCACGGUGGCAGGUUAACAUUAGCAAAGUCAUACCCCCUCUUGUUUGAGGAAUAGGAUCGGUGUCAUAACAGGCGACACUUUGCAUAUUGCGGUACUAUCCAAACUACUACGCACGAACCACAAGCGUAUCAUGUAAAAUAUUGCCUAUUUGUGAUGUUAUUUUUGCGCUUGCUAAGUUAGCUUGUUAUUUGAAAUAAUAAUGUUGGCGUUACCUCUGAGAGCAGGAAUUGGGAGAAUGUCCUUGCCUUUCACUUCAUGUAUUGCUGGUGAUGUUUUGUAAACGAUCCCGGAGUCUGGUGAGAUCCUUUAGAUAAAUAAUAUCGUCCUAUCGGUCCCAAAAUGUAGCAACUCAUGAAUCCAGGGAUGUGCUCCUGGCCUGAUUGAAACACUCCAGUGCAGCAGGUGGCGCUGUGGAGGAACUGUUCACCUGAGAGCGCAGGAAGCGUACGAGCAGGAAACAGUGAUACCAAGUGCGAUGUACGUUCGUUGAACGGAGAAGUAUUGCACCCGAACGUGGGGAUUUUAAAUGUUUCACUUCACAUAGACAAGCCAAAUCGACUUAUAUCUUCACAAAGCUGACUUGUUGGUGAUCACCAUCGAGUUUCGGACGUCUUUUUGGGAUCUGCACCGAGUGAGUUUUGUCUCUAGUCAGCUGCUUAGCCUUUCGAGCUAAUUGGGGGCUAGUAGUUAGCGAAGGGAAAUUGCAAACAGUUUUUGCUUACCGCUCAUAAACAAGAAAACUUAUAUCGACACGCAACUUUUUUCUUAUCAGGAUUGUCUAACGGGAGAAUGGGGUCAUCUAAGAAACACAAGGAGAAGAGCCGCGACAAGGACGCUGAGGAACGGCGUCGAGAACAUAAGAAACAUCGCCACAAGGACCGGGAAAGGGACGGAUCAGACCGGGAUGGGACCAAAGAGAAGGAAAAACGAAAAAGAUCCAGGUCCAGGGAGAGAAGUGGACGAGAGAGCCGGGUCAAAGGAGAAAGGAGUAGCGGAGAGCCCCGAGUGAAAAAGGAGAAAGUCGAUGCUGAAUAUGAGGAAAGCAGUGCAGAUGUGGCACCUCAAUCUGCGAGCGGAGACGCAUCCCUCAGCAUCAUUGAGACAAACAAACUCCGAGCCAAGCUGGGUCUGAAGCCUCUGGAAAUGAAUGAAAACAAGAAAGAGCUGGGGACCAAAGAGGAGCCGAUUGUCGCUGAGACUAUCAACCCUGUUAUUAUCCAACAACAGAAAGAAUUAAAGGAGAAGCUCGCGGCUUUGAAAGAAAAGCGCAUCCUGAACCAGAAACUGGGAAAAGUCAAGACCCUGGCAGACGAUGACUGGCUGGAUGACACUGCUGCGUGGGUUGAGAAAAGCAGAAAGAUGGCGAAAGAGAAAGAAAUGGCGGAGAAAAGGGCCAAACUUCUGGAGGAGAUGGAUGAGGAGUUUGGUGUCAGCAGUCUUGUGGAAGAGUCUUUUGCACAGAGCAAAAUGGAGUCUUACACGUCAAGAGAUCUUAAGGGACUUAAAGUGCAGCACAAGGUGGAUUCCUUCAAUGAGGGCCAGACUGUCAUCCUGACUCUGCAGGACAAAGGUGUGCUUGAUGAAGAGGAAGAUGUUCUCGUCAAUGUGGGACUGGUAGACAAAGAAAAAGCAGAGAAGAACGUGGAGUUAAAAAAGAAAAAGCCAGAUUACAAGCCGUACGAAGAAGAAGAAAGUGUGGAGGAUAUGGUGACAUUUAAGCCGCACUCUGUGCUUUCAAAGUAUGAUGAAGAAAUUGAGGGUGAGAAGAAAAAGAGUUUCCGGUUGAAUACAGGUGGCUUUGCUGAUGGAGAGCGAGAGCGUGAGCUCCAGGCCAUGAGAGAGGCUUUGAGGAAUCAAGCCCAGUCCUUAGAAAUGCCAGCUCUCACAAUCGCCUCUGAGUAUUACACACCUCAAGAAAUGGUGGGCUUCAAAAAGACGAAGCGCCGUGUGAAAAAAAUCAGGAAGAAAGAGAAGCAAUCAGUCGCUGAUGACCUUCGCCUUGAUGACACCCGCAGCUCUGAUUUUGGGUCCAGGACUCGGGGUCGAGGCCGCAAACAGGCGGAAGAAGACAACGAGGAACUAAAGGAGGCGACGGAGGAGGAGGAGAACAAAUUGACACAAAACAUCCCCCCAUUGUCUGAUGACAUCAGGACAGCAGAAAUGGACAUAAGUGAUGAGGAUGAUGAGGAUGACUUUGCACCUCCUGAGCCAGCUGUAAUCGAAGAGGAUGAGGCAGAGCAGGAGCUGCAGAAGCAACUGGAGAAGCAGAGAAAGCUGAAGCAAAAGCAGCUUCUUAAAGAUUCAGGAGAGAAAGUGGCAGAGCAGAUUCGAGUGCACGCAAGAGGCAACAUUGAAAGUGAUCUUGAGAAGAAAAACAACAUUGUUUUCAACGCCACCUCAGAGUUUUGCAGAGCUUUGGGUGAUAUUCCAACUUACGGACUGUCAGGUAACAGAGAGGACCAAGAAGACAUGAUGGACUUUGAACAGGAGGAGGAGAAAGAUGAUGCAGGAGGGUCAGACUCAGAAAUGGACGAGAAUGUUGGCUGGAGCACCGUAAACUUGGAUGAAGAGCAGAAACAGCCUGAUUUCUCCACAGCCUCUGCUACCAUUCUGGAUGAAGAGCCUAUUGUCAACUCCGGCCUUGCUGCUGCUUUGCUGCUGUGCAAAAACAAAGGUCUGCUGGACACACAAAUGCAGAAGGUAGCCCGAGUCAGAGCACCAAAAGGAGCUUUGCCCAAUGACAACUACUGCAUUGAAGACAAGAUGGGCUUUGAUGACAAAUACAGCCGCCGGGAAGAAUACAGAGGCUUCACUCAAGACUUCAAGGAGAAGGAUGGAUACAAGCCUGACGUGAAGAUCGAGUAUGUGGAUGAAUCCGGCAGGAAACUCACGCCCAAAGAAGCUUUCAGGCAGCUUUCGCAUCGAUUCCACGGGAAAGGGUCUGGAAAGAUGAAAACAGAGAGGAGAAUGAAAAAGCUCGAGGAAGAGGCACUGCUGAAGAAGAUGAGCAGCAGUGAUACUCCUCUGGGGACUGUGGCUUUGCUUCAGGAGAAGCAGAAAUCUCAGAAAACACCCUAUAUUGUGCUGAGUGGGAGUGGGAAAAGUAUGAAUGCAAACACGAUCACGAAAUAAGUUUAGGGUGGAGAUAUUUGUUGAUAUAACAUUUAGUGAAACAUGCACAGACACAUACACAUUUUACACAUCUGCCCACUUACACACACAAACACACCUCCAUAUGUUGUUUUAAGUAACUGAUUUAAUUUUGUGUCCAAUUCAAAAGAACAAAUGUAGUUAAGAAUUGUUCAAUAAAAUGACUUCUAAAGAAAGAAAUAAUCUUUUCUUUGUUUCUUCUUUAUUUUAAAAUACUAAGGUGAAUAGUAAUCCUAAGGGUUAGUUUUAGGGAAUUUGACUUUUUAUUUGAAAACAUACCUACAAAUGUUGUUUACACUUAGCUUUGAUUGGCAUUUUGAUACAUGAUGGGUGCAAUUUGGCAGACGGGGCUCUUUCAAAGAACUAAGAAAAGUUAUUUUGAGCAAGGAAAUGAAGAUGCAAAUUGAAUGUAGCUUAAAGUGUGGUUUAUUAAAUGAAAUGAGAUCAAAA